AUGGAUCUGCUACCCGACGACCUGCUCGCCGACGUCUUCCGCCGCCUCGCGCCGUGCGGCCUCGCCGCGUCGCGCUGCGUACGCAAAGCCUGGUGCGCCAUCAUCGACACCCGACGCCUGCUCCGCGCCGACCUCCUCCCACUCCGGCUCGACGGCUUCUUCUGCCUCGGGCGGAUCCUCCACCCUCCCCCAUGUUUCUUCUCGCGCCGCCCCUCGCCAGGCCGCCAGCAGGUCGCCGGCGGCCUCGACUUCCUGGGCACCCGCGACGCCAUGGACCUGCACAUCAUAGACCACUGCAACAGCCUGCUCCUGCUCGACUUCGGGCGCCUGGUUAACCCUGCCACGCGGCAGUGGGCGCGCUUGCCUUCCUCCCCGCACCAGUCCACCGGGAUGGAGGAUUUCUACGACAACUACGGCCUGGUGUACGACCCUAUGGUGUUGUUGACGCCUUUUACGGCCGACACACGAUCGCGCUAG